CAUAAUUUGAAAAGGGCAGUAAGAGAGUUAUCUCGUGCUAUCCACCUUCAGCCAGAUGGAAUCCAAUUAUAUAUAAUAAGAGGACAGUAUCUUCUUAUGAUGAAAUGUUAUGCUCUUGCAAAGUUCACUAUUUAUCAAGUAGCAGAAAUGAACAAAGGUGUCAUUGAGUUGAGUCCCAUACAACAAGCACUCAUUUAUUCAUUUUGUGAAAACCAUGACAAGGCCAUUCAGGUCUUGAAUCGGAUCACCUUGAAUAAGCCUGAGAUCACCAUGUAUAACCUACUAGCAAAAGCCCAGAUGAAGGCCAAGAGAUACAAGGAAGCUGUGAUAAUAUUUAAAAAGGCUUUGGAAGUAUUUUCUCAUUCCCAUAAAGGACCAAAUGCCAUAGAGGCUUCAGUAGACUGUCUGUAUAACUUGGGUCUUUGUUACAUGGAAGAAGACAACUUACAAAUGGUUUAUAAGCUAGCAAUUGCAGAUUUAACUAAGGCUAUCAACAUGUACAAAAACAAUUAUAUAGCAUUUUAUCACAGAGCAUUAUGUUACACCAAGAUCAGUGAACUUCGAAUGGCAUUAACAGAUUAUGGAAUUGUGCUUCUUCUUGAUCCUGGAGAAACUGUGACAUUAAAUACCUUCAUUAAUCGUGGACUCAUUUAUGAAGAACUAGAGCAGUACAGCUUUGCAUCAGAGGAUUUUAAACAAGCUGCACUGAUAAGCAAGACUAACGUGAACCUUUGUCGAGCUACCGCCAUGUGUUAUCACAGAAAUAAAGAGUUUGAAGAAGCUGUCCAUUUCUUCACCUGGGCUCUUAAUAUUGAUCCAUGUUUUCCGGAUGCUUACAUUGGACGGGGCAAUUCUUACAUGGAAUAUGGUCAUGAUGAAGCCACCAAACAAGCACAGAAGGACUUCCUGAGAGCACUGCAUUUUAAUCCAACAUACACAAAAGCCAGAAUUAGUUUAGGCUAUAAUUUGCAGGCCCAAGGAAAAUUCCAGAAAGCUUGGAACCACUUUACCAUUGCCAUAGAAGUUGAUCCAAAGAGCUACCUAGCCUAUGAAGGAAGAGCUAUGGUUUGUCUUCAGAUGGGUGAUAAUUUUGCUGCAAUUCAGGAUAUUAAUACUGCCAUAAAGAUCAAUACUACAGCAGAAUUCUUAACAAAUCGUGGUGUGACUUAUGAAUUUAUGGGUCAGCAACAGAAUGCAAUGAAAGACUAUCAAGCAGCCAUUUCUUUAAACCCCACAUACUCACUGGCUUACUAUAAUGCAGGAAAUGUGUACUUUCGCCACAGGCAGUAUUCCCAGGCCAGUGACUACUUCUCAAAGGCUUUAAAAUUUAAUCCAGAAAACGAAUGUGCUACCAUGAAUCGGGCUAUUGCAAACAUAAUAUUAAAGAAGUAUGAAGAAGCAAGAGAAGACUUUGCAAAAGUAGUUGAAAGCUGUCCCUUUUGGGCUGCAGUGUAUUUUAACAGAGCACAGUUCUACUGUUCUUUAAAGCAAUAUGAACUAGCUGAGGAAGACCUAAGUAAAGCUCUGUCUUUGAAGCCUAAUGAUGCUCUAAUAUAUAAUCGUAGAGCAGAAGUUCGUGGUAAAAUAGGUGUGAUUGAGGAAGCCAUAGCUGAUUAUAACCAAGCACUUGAUCUUCAAGAAUAUGCCCAGUGAUGUGAUUACGUAGACUGUAGUUUCUGUAGCAGUUUGCACAGCUGUUUUACCAGAAAUUAAAACAUAUUUGUUGUUUAAAACAAAGGUUGCACCAUCUUCAUUAUUAUAUUCAUUAUGUUUAGUCUUCUAUAUACUCCUUUUAUGCAAUUAAACAACAUAUUUAUGUUACAUAUUAAUUUUAAAACUUUUAGAUCAUGUUCUGGAUAUUUGGAAUAGCCCAAUAAUUGAAUUUCUUCCUAGGGUGCAGAAUUUAAAUAGGAAUUUCUUAAAGAAUAUUAGCACUUCAAAUAUUUUCUUUAAGGUAAAAUAAUUCCUUUUGAAAUAAUACUGGAUGAUUGUAGAAAAAGUGUCAUCAAGCUUUUCAUCAAUACCUACUCAUUAUGUAUUCAACAGUAUCCAGAUU